CUUCGCCCUGCAGCAAUAUGGAUUCGUCCGAAAUUUGUCGCGUUUGUGUAGAGGAAGUGAACAGCUUUUGGUGUUUGUUUGAAGCAUGUGCCAUGCUACCAGCAGAUUCAACACCAGCAAUAAUAAUAUCCGCUUGCACUGGCAUUGAAAUCAAUCGGAACGAUGGAUUGCCGGAAGCGGUGUGCGAUAGCUGCCUUCAUGCGUUGGUGGCGGCAUUAGAAAUACGAGAAAAAUGUAUUUCCUCCGAUAGGAAGCUACGGAAGAUAUUGCUGCACAAGAAAGCUUCGAGCGCAAAGCGAACAACGAAUGAGGAAAUUAAAAUCCAGCAAAAUCUAUGUGAAAUACAGAUUAUGCAGCAGAGUGUAGAGAACGAUGAAUCGGUAGAGGUUUACGAGUCGAUUGAUGUGGAUGGUUUCGGCGAAGAUGAACCCGGCGAACCAGAUUAUGGUGAUGCAUUGGUGGAAUUGCAGGACAGAUCACUGCAACCGGAGUACUGUGACGAUCAAUAUCUUAUAAAAGAAAGUCAGGAGCAGGCUGGUAUCGACUAUCCUGAAGAUGAUGAUUUUCAAAUCAUCGUUGAGGAUAGUACAACCGAUGCGGAAGUUAAUCUAAAAAUUGAACCUUCCGAUGAAACUUCAACCGUUGUAUCGGGCCGAGAUUCGCAAGGCGGCAACGAACCCAUCACCGGCGGAAGUUCUAAAUGUUUCGUUUGUCAUAUUUGCGACAAGCGCUUUUCCUCCAAAGGCAACCUGAAGGCUCAUGGCCUACUGCACAGCAACUACAAACCGUACCGGUGUGAGGUGUGUGGAGAUGAAUUUUCCCGACAGCAUAACUACAAGGUCCACAAGAUAAGGCACGCGGGCAAACGCAUCCACCAGUGUCCGGUGUGCGAGAAGUCGUUUGUUUGUUCUGUAAAUUUGAAAAACCACAUGGUUCAGCAUUCGGAUGUAAAGCCCUACAGAUGUGACCAAUGCGGAAAGGAGUUUGGUUACCGCACGGAUCUCGCACGACAUGAAAUACGCCAUACCGGUGUGUAUCCGUUUGCUUGCGACAUUUGUCAGCACAAAUUUAGCAGGAAGACGAGCCUCAAUAAGCAUUUGUUGAGAUGCAAGGGGCUUAAAAAGGAACGCAGGAAGAAACGAUCGUUGAAGUGA